GCCUCAGUCGUUCCGUCACCUCGCGUAUCUAGCCAAUAGGAAGGGGGCGCGCAGUGCGCAGGUGCAGGUUAAGUUCAUCCGGAAGUAGUCUCCUCUUUACUGUGCUGGAGGCGAUGGAUCCUGGUUACUACGCAUUUGGCUCAUGGGGCGCAGUGAGUAACCAGCAAGGAUCAGUCACACAGACCUCCGUGCGCUGGGAAGGUUAUAACAUCCCUCAGCUUCCUCUGUAUUCCUCCAACUGGAGCGCAAGCCUUUCCUCUGCCGGCCCCCAGUACAAGAGCUUUGAAACACACAGUGAUGAUUCCCAGGCUGCACACAGAAAUCCUACGACACUCGCUUGGCCAUCAGAGGGCAGCAAUUCCAACUGGCUCAGACAUCAGGAAAGCCAGAGCCAAGGAACACCCGCUAUUGAAUGGAAAGGCUUCACAGAAGACCCAAAUGUGACCAGCAGCGCUAAUACCUCGACUUGGGUGCCGAAACGCAUCAGGAGGAAGAAGAGGAAUAAGUUGCUCAAGCUGCACAAAAAGUUCUCUGCUGAAGUUAAGGCUUCAGCGAAUGCAAGCAGCACUCAAGGCGGGCGCAGUGUCUCACAUAAGGACAGAGAGGAUAAUCAUAAUGAAAUUAGAGAAAAGCCAACAUCACAGAAUGGAACUGCUCCAAAAAUUUCAGCUGACAGAGGGGAGAAACCUCCAAAGAAAAAAAAGCUGAAGAGUGAAAAGCAGAAAGAGUCUAAAAAGAUAGUUCCUGUGUUGAAGGCCCCUGCGAAAGAUGCAAAAAGCGAAGCCGGGUCUAAAGAGUUCAGCUGCUGCUUCUGCCGCUAUCAGACAGAAAACCAACGAGAAAUUGAACAGCACUUUAGGACCUCUACUCACCUGGAAGUGAUAAAACGGCUGCAUUCGGCUCUCCCUAGAAGCAAGAUGGACUUUAUUCAGGAAUAUCUCGACUUCGAUGUUAAGAGAGUGGCCAGCGAGCAGAAGUUGCCAGUGACCCGGCCGGAUUACUUUAAAGGGUUCGGCCAGCAGCAUUUCAUGCAACGAGUUCAGGCCAUUCGCUGCUCAGCCUGUGACGUCCUCCUUCCCGACGUGAGAGAAGUGAUUAAGGAGCACACGGUCUCACAGUUGCACUCGCUGAAUCGGAGGAGGAUGUUUUGCAAAUUAAAGGAUGACUGCGUUAUUAGGGCAAGGAAAUUCUUCUCCGACAAAAAUACCUCUGCUCUUCUGGACAGUUAUAUAAAGGGCAAGAACCCCUUUGCAGAGGCCACACACAAAGACAAAUACAAGAGACAUAAAGAGACCUCAGCCAAUCAAGUGUCCAGGGCAGAUACUCCUGAAAAGGACGUCCAAUCGAAUGACGGAGGGGACUGCCAGGCGGAGCCGCCAGCGCAACUACAGGACGACGAGGAAGAGAAACGGGAGGAGAACCUUUUAGAUCUCUGCACUGUUAGUGAUGAAGAUGGCGGUGAAGAUCAGAAUGACGAAGUAGCCGCGUGAAGCCGCAGACGUGGGUGUGUCCAGCCAAUCGCCUCUUCUGUAUCAACUCACACAAGUAACAUUUCCUUCCCAGCCUUUUGUAAGGAACGUUUAGCAGCCAAUCCGCUAAUCCUUUGUUUUACAACAAGGUGCAGUGAUGUGUUUGUACAAGAUGGGGGAGCCAAAGUCAACUUGGGAAAAUGGCCGCCUGAUUCUGUGACUGGUAGACUUGUAGGCUAGAGAUAAUAUUUAAUAUCCGGAGACAUCACAGACCUACAGCCUGUAGCGCCCCUAAUAUCUGUAUUCAUGGGACAGCGCGGGAAUAUUACCCCAUUGGCUCGUCCUCUAUGAAACGGACACGUUGUUGCUACUGGUGGUUGUGAACACUCGAGCGAGCGCCUCAUUGGAUCAAUGCCCCCCCCCCAGUCCAUGGCCAGGUCUGUGGCUCCUUUUAUUUUAUAUUCUGUAAUUCUGUUCCACAAAAAAAACGGCAUUUUAGUUUAUUGUUAAGAAAAUGUUAAUAUUAUUUGUGUGAAUAUUUGCGUUUUAUUGGCUCAUUUGCUUUCCUAGGAAUAAAAUGUUACAGAGUAAA